CGCCGAGUAUUUUUUCGGCAGAGUGUGCAGGGUGAUGAAUGUGCUGUGCGUGGAACGCAGGGGCAGUUGUUGUUGGAGGAGGCGCCUUUGUUCCAUCUUGUGAGUGGAACCUGGGGUUAAGAUUCAAACUGAGGGGGAAAAGCCAUUUGCCAACAGUGAGGGGGCAGGAGAGGCGCGGGGUCUGUGCGUGGGGCGGCUCUGGACUGUGUGCUGGUGUGUGUGAAGCCUUCCCCCCUCCCCCUCCAAACCCUGGCUUCCUCUGUGGGUGAGUGGGGCUGGGGGUGCCCCUGGGAGGGAUGCUGUUGUUAUGGAGCUCACAGCCUGGUUCCCUUCACUGACUGACUGUCUGUGAUGGGCCUGAUCUGGAGCACAACACUGCAGCCCCCCCUCAAGUAAUCCCACACACCAUCACCCAUCUGCACUGACACCACCACAGGAGCACAACAGAAAUGAUCCACACGCCUAACUUGGAAUAGCAGGAUGGGUCUGGACUUUGAUGUGAAAACAUUUUGUCACAACCUGCGUGCUACUAAGCCUCCAUAUGAGUGCCCCGUGGAGAGCUGUCGGAAAAUUUACAAAAGUUACAGUGGCAUUGAAUACCACUUGUACCAUUAUGAUCAUGACAACCCCGCUCAGCAGACUCCAGUGCGGAAACCCAAGAAGAAGGGUCGGAACUCACGGACAGGCGCACAGCAGUCUCCAAACCCGUCGGAGAUCUCUCAGUCACCAAGCCGGGAGAUGCUGACGUAUGCUCAGGCGCAGCGCUUGGUGGAGGUGGACAUUGAAGGACGACUGCACAGGAUUAGCAUUUUCGAUAAUCUGGAGGUUCUGUCUGAAGAUGACACAACAGCAGAGGAUAUUGUUGAGUGCAACAGUAACAAGGAGAAUGCAGAGACAUUGACUGCAACCCCAAAAGCCAACAAGCAUAAAAACAAAGACAAGCGCAAGGACUCUAGCCAUAAUACCCCUGCUUCUGCCACCAAACUGCCUGAAGUGAUCUAUCGUGAAAUUGACCAUAGUGCAUCAGAUGCCCCUCCUCGACCAUUAUCAUAUUAUCGCUACAUUGAGAAGUCAGUAGAGGAACUGGACGAGGAAGUUGAAUAUGACAUGGAUGAGGAGGAUUAUGUGUGGCUGGACAUAAUGAAUGAGAAAAGGAAAAUUGAAGGAGUGAACUUCAUCCCACAGGAGGUGUUUGAGUAUCUCAUGGAUCGGCUGGAGAAGGAAUCAUACUUUGAAAGUCACAACAAGGGAGACCCAAAUACGUUGAUUGAUGAAGAUGCUGUUUGUUGUAUUUGUAAUGAUGGCGAAUGCCAAAAUAGUAAUGUCAUUCUUUUCUGUGACAUGUGUAACUUGGCUGUUCACCAAGAGUGCUAUGGGGUUCCGUAUAUCCCCGAGGGACAGUGGCUCUGCCGUAGGUGUCUGCAGUCACCAUCAAGAGCGGUGGACUGUGCCUUAUGUCCCAACAAGGGUGGUGCAUUUAAACAGACGGACGAUGGGCGCUGGGCACAUGUGGUCUGUGCCCUGUGGAUCCCAGAGGUCUGCUUUGCAAACACUGUUUUCCUAGAGCCAAUUGACAGUAUUGAGCACAUCCCACCAGCACGCUGGAAGUUGACUUGUUAUAUCUGUAAGCAGCGAGGAUCAGGAGCAUGCAUUCAGUGUCAUAAAGCCAACUGUUACACAGCAUUCCAUGUCACCUGCGCACAGCAAGCAGGACUCUACAUGAAGAUGGAGCCCGUGCGGGAAACCGGUGCAAAUGGCACCUCGUUCAGCGUACGGAAAACGGCUUACUGUGACAUUCACACACCGCCUGGGUCAGUGCGCAAGGCCCCUGCUCUUUCCCAUAGCGAAGGCGAGGAUGAGGAUGAUGAUGAAGGAGAGGACGGGAAGGGGCCCAGUUCAGAGAAAGUGAAAAAAGCCAAAGCUAAGUCGAGGUUAAAAAUGAAGAAGGCACGGAAGAUCCUAGCAGAAAAACGAGCUGCAGCGCCUGUGGUUUCAGUGCCCUGUAUUCCACCUCACAGAUUAAGUAAGAUCACAGGUCGACUAUCAAUUCAACGUAAGAGCCAAUUCAUGCAGCGACUUCACAGCUAUUGGACUUUAAAGCGACAGUCAAGAAAUGGUGUUCCACUCCUUCGGCGGUUACAGUCCCAUUUGCAGUCUCAACGAAAUGCAGAACAGAGAGAAUCAGAGGAGAAAAAUUGUGCACUGAAAGAACAGCUGAAAUCGUGGCAGCGACUGCGGCAUGACUUAGAAAGAGCACGGCUCCUGGUGGAGCUAAUCCGGAAAAGGGAAAAGCUAAAGCGUGAGGAGCUCAAGAUACAGCAGUUUGCUAUGGAACUGCAGCUGACUCCCUUCCUUAUCCUCCUCCGUAAGACACUGGAACAGCUCCAGGAGAAAGACACAGGAAACAUCUUUGGUGAGCCCGUGCCAUUAAAAGAGGUUCCAGAUUAUUUGGAUCACAUUAAAAAGCCAAUGGACUUCCAAACAAUGAAGAAACAGCUCGAAGGCUAUCAAUAUCGGACGUUUGACCAAUUUGAAGAAGAUUUUAAUUUGAUUGUGAACAACUGCUUACAGUAUAAUGCCAAGGACACAAUAUUUUACCGUGCAGCAAUUAGGCUAAGAGACCAAGGAGGUGCGGUAUUGAAAUAUGCUCGCAAGCAGGCAGAGAAAAUUAGUUUUGAUUAUGAAACAGGAAUGCAUGUACCUGAACCAGUGCCAGCAGAAGACUCUGGUCAACUUUUCUGGGAAGAAGAAGUGGAUCGGCUGUUAGUCCCCGAGAACAGAUCACACAUGCCAUUGGAAGAACAACUGAAGGUACUGCUCAACAAACUGGACACAAUGGGCUCCACUAAACAGAGCAAUGGACGGUCACGUCGAGCUAAGCUCUUGAGAAAAGAGGUUGCUAUGAUUCGACGGAAACUUGGUCAGCAUAGAGAGCAAAAUGCAGGAUCGGAGCGGCAUGGAGUACCAAGUCGAGGUUCUGCGGCUGGACUUAACCCGUCAGGAAAAGAUGGCCAGACAGACAGUGCCGCUGAGGAAAGCAGUAGCCACGAGACUGGAAAAGGUCUUGGUACUACUUCCUCGUCAGCCUCAGCAGCAGAAGUCGGUAGACGGACAAAGUUUCUUUUCACUGCAAAAUCCAAAAACAAGUGCGUAGGGUUGCCCAAACGCCCAGGGCGGCCGCCGAAAAAUCGUGAAUUUCAGGUCCCGCCAAAUCAGAGCAGCAGUCCUCAGAAUCCAACAGCAACGCAAACUUUGACGAGGUCCAACCAGCCAAGGAAGCGAGGCCGUAGCCCCAGCACCAGCUCUGAAAGUGAUAGUGACAAAUCAGCUGGUGGUGACGCACACAUAGGGUUGCCAACAAAUGGGUUUGAUGGGGGCAGCCAACCUGUGAAUGAAAGUUUCCGAGUCUAUCGGAAUGAACGAAGCCUGCCACGUAGCAGUUCUGACACCGAGUCCAGUUCCAGCACAAGUAGCAGUGCAGCUUCAGAUCGCACCAGCACAACCCCUUCGAAGCAGGGUCGAGGGAAGCCUUCAUUUUCCCGAGUGAAUUUCCACGAGGAUAGCAGUGAAGACACUUCCUGUACAGAGAAUGAAUCUUAUCCAAUUGGAUCGGGCAGGCAUGCACAUGGUGUGCGCAAGGGAUUGAGCAGGUCUGCAGGCUGGAUUUCAGAUGAUGAGGAUAGUCCUUUGGAAUCACUGGAUUUGGUCUGGGCAAAGUGCAGGGGAUACCCAUCUUAUCCAGCUCUGAUAAUUGAUCCAAAGAUGCCUCGGGAAGGACUGUACCAUCAUGGUGUUCCAAUUCCUGUUCCACCACUGGACGUGCUCAAACUGGGAGAACAAAUGACCGUGGAAGCACGGGAGCACCUCUACCUCGUACUUUUCUUUGACAACAAGAGAACAUGGCAGUGGCUCCCUCGAACAAAACUUGUUCCUCUUGGUGUGGACCAGACCUUGGAUAAAAUGAAGAUGUUGGAGGGGAGGAAAUCAAACAUCAGGAAGUCGGUGCAGAUUGCAUAUCAUCGUGCUAUGCAGCAUCGAAGCAAGGUGCAGGGCGAACAGAGCAGCGAUUCCAGUGAUACUGACUGACCAUAGAAAUUUCUUUUUUUUAAAAUAUUUUUGUUUAAAUAAAAAUGGACCUGCAGCUCAGUGAUUCUGAGAGUAAAAUGCAGAAGACAGCACCGUCUCAAAGCACUGAAUUUUAAACUAUAAAGUACGGAGCAGAGACAGAACAGUGCUGGCCGCUAGACACGAGCUGAUGGACAGCUGAGGGUUCAGAAAACAGGAAGCAGAGCAGCUAUUCUGGCAGUACUAAACUGUGUUAAGCAGGAGUCAAAUCAUUCUUUAAGAUACCUAAUUAAAGCAACAGACCGAGUCAUCAGAUCUGGCUAAACUAGUCUAGUUUUUUUAUAUAAAGUUGGUGAAAUCAGAUGCCACACAAUUUGUUUUAAUUAAAUUCAGAGAAUAAAAUAAGCAAUAUCGUGCAUCAGAUACUGUGAAGCCAUGGAUUGCCUUAACUCGUUUACUUAGAAUUAUGAAUAGGUGAUAUCAUUAUGGACUUACGAUUUCUGGAUAAAAUCAAUCUCCUGUGAUAUCCGCAUUUAGCUAAAGUAAACCAUGCUUGUGGGAACGGGUUUACUCCAGACCUUGAAGUCCUCCUUUGCAUUACUUAUCCAUAAUUUUCAAUUGAGAACAAUAUACUCUGCCAAUCCAGGUGACCUAAAAGAGAAAGUGAGCAUAGAACCUCUGACCAGAGGGUGAAUAGAAGUUGCAAACUUUUCAUUGUAGUCAGAUGGAAAGAAAAUCAACUAACCUGCAUGAGUUCACUGUGGAAAUCAGUUCCAUUUUAAAGUGUAUAAAGCCAACUUUUUUUUAAGGGUGGGAUAGUAACUAAUUUUUUUUAAACCUGCUGCUAAAUACCACAACUUCAAACCAUACAUGUAAUAUAUACACUGUAAUUUUCUCACAAUACUGUCCUCUGUAAAUUUGCUGAAAGCUUAAUAUUGGUGUUAUUUAGCCCUGAAAUUAUACUCAUCUUCAUUGCCUUCACAUUUACAGUUGCACACACCUAUUUGCAACUCUGUACUUUGCAUCUAAACACACAUGUACACAGGCUAAGUCUGACUGUGUUACCUAUUGAGGUACAAAUUUAGAUGGAAAGCAUUAAAGUUCUUUAAUGAUUAGAACUUGCCCAUAGAUAAUACUGCCCCUUGGUCAGCUUUUUUGUUGUCAUUUGGUUUGAAUUCUGCUGUCAGUCCUUUCUAACUUGCUGGAUGGAAGUGCUUUAUCUGAUAGAGCAGUAUGUCUGAGAGUCAGUAAUCAGAGCUUUACAGAUUGUUCAAGCUGGAUUUUCACAAUCCUGGUAUGUAAAUACUUUGCACAAGUAUGGUGUUAAAAUGGGCAUGUUCUGCUUUGCUGCUCAUGGUCAUAUUUUCACCUGUGAAGGGUGAGUUGGUGGAAGUGAAAAAUCAGCUCAGAGAGGGCACUUUAAUUAAUAUGGAUGAUUAACGGCACCAUUUGUAAACUACACAGGUUAUUGAAUUAUACAGUAAACUCAUUUACCUCUUGUUCUGAGUUGGAUCUUAAGACUGUCAUGAGUCUGGCAGUUUUGUUAAAUUUCUACCUGUGUGUGCCAUUUUCAGAGUAUAAAAUAAAUGAAAGGGUGCAGAAAGGCUCAUUCCCUAAUGCCUUUA